AUGCUUUUCUCACUCUUUCUGCUGGUAACGCUGGCAACAAGAUGUCUCGCUACAUAUCAACAUGUUUGCAAUGAUCGAAUAGCGCAGAGGAGAAUUGAGGAUGCUAUUCAGGAGGCUAUCAAAAUGGCAAGAAAUGCAAUGAAUCAAAUCAGCAACCUUGACACGGACACUACCGCAGCAGCAUUCAAUCCACUUUUCAGAAAUGGCGAUGUGACAAGACUACAAUUAAAUAUUGCCAAUAUCGACAGAGAAAUUACGUUCUACUGCAGAGCAGACUUCAUCAGAAAGGUCGAGUACAUGGAUAGUAAUGGUGCGACACAAGAGGUGUGGAGCGACACAGCUUACUACUAUCAAGACUCUACGGACACGACGCAGAACGUUCCUAUUCUUCGGGUCGCAGGAGGCAGCAUGCCUCAACCGGGACGUCCAGGGUCGGGAUCCUUCACGACAAUCGGUUCUAGGGAAACAAUGCCUAAUGGCGACAUUGCCGACUAUAGCAGGCAAACUCACAUUCACGUCAACAGCAAACGGUGGGAUCCCCCCCAACGUUCUCCGCUCGACCAUCGAGCUCUCGACGUGGUGAACAGGGACGGUCUUCGCCAAAGUCACCCUGCUCUCGACAAUCUGAAGCCCUUGUCGGAAACUAUCUUGCAUGAGUUGAUGCAUGCGCUUGGCGGCUCGGCUCCGCCGGCUCACAGGAGAGCGUUAAUCACGGAUAGUCCGGUACCGCCCAUUCAGCAGAACAAAAUCUAUGGUUAUGAAAUGUGUGUCUGGAUGAACGAAAACCGCGAUAAUCCGGCAGCUAUCAGACUCGGUGCAACACCCCUAACGCGAGCUGACUGCCCGACGAUCCUGGCCAAAGUUACAUCUCUUAAGCUUUACGACUUGAACUCAUCCAUGUCGAUGCUUGCAAAUAUGCGUCACCUUUGCUAUACUUUAAGCUUGUUGGUCGCCUUGACGCCUGGCGCACAAAGCAUUCAAAAGAACAACGACAACAACACCGCGAGUCAGGCCGACAGCAUCGCAACGCCGCUUCGUUUGGCUGAGAUUCAGCAAUGUCCCGUCUCACCCAAACCAGGUUGUGACGACACAAAUUGUCAAGGCGCCCGGCACCAAUGCGCCACACAGUAUCUCUGCAGCAACGAAAACCCCUUCACUGAGCCUUCCAGCGGUCGCCACCUCAUCCUCGCGGGCUGCAGAUGCUGCCCUCUCCCAAAUCACGUCGAAUGCAGCGACUUCCAGUGCGCUGCACCGGCGGGGACCCGCGUCUGUACGGCCGAACCGCUGAGAGAUUGCACAUGCCAGACAACGGAUGACCGAGUGCGCGCGGUGCAGGAGAGGACCGCCGGAUGGGUGUGGCCGCUGGACAAGAACAAUGACGCUUAUGACGUUGACAUUGAACCGAGCAGCGGCGACGAGGAUGAGGGAGAAAGUGGCACUGCGAGCGGGGUAUCUUCGAGCACUGGUCCUUUGGCUACUAUGCCACCCUCAACUAAUAUACAAGCAUACUAUUGGGCUAUGAACGAUCCGCCGGAGCUGAAAUUUCUUCUUCGGCUAACCUGCCGCCGGGACUUCCCCGUUUGGUACGACGCUCUCUACGCCGAAGCCGACGCAGCAGACGUCUGGGAUCUCAUAGACCCAGACGACACUACGUCUCCGUCAGACCCAAGAGAGGACGAUGAAGAACUCUCGAUCGAAUCAUGGAUCACGCAGCAGAACGAAAAGCAGCGUAGAACCUAUGAUCGGAAGCGGAAAGCCUACGAUUCGAUUCUCCAGCAUAGGGCAGAAGCGAGUGACGAUACAGGGGAAGAACUCCAGGAGCCUGUAGCACAACCAACUCUCACGCAAAACACGCCCGGGACCUUUGAAAGAUAUACGAACUACCUCGCUUCAAAAUCAGGCCGCGACGUCCUCAAAACUCGUCGGGAGCGGGACUUCGACUCUAUUCAGCGUUGGAUUAAGGAAACGGUCGACAAGGACAUCCUCUACGCUGCGAGAUCGGAGAUCCUAGCGAACAACCAACGUUCACUCCGUGCUCUUAUUCAGUACCUUCGGAAACGCUACGCUCCAAGCGAAUCAAGCAGUCAAACUACAGUUCGCGAAGAGUACCUUCUCCUCCUGGAAAAGGCCAACACAAGCGUAAACCCCCAGACCUGGCUAAGAGACUUCCAUCGAGUACUGCUCCGCGCGCUUCGAUUCAGAAUACCGGAAAGCCAGGGAACGCUCGCUUCGAAAACUUUUCUUCGAGCGGUGGGACACCGUUUUGCCCCCUCCUGGGCGACCUCCGAGCUCACUGAAAUUGUCAAAAUAGAGCGCAAGGGGGACCGCAUCCCUACUGUAAGUGAAUACAGGGAUAUGCUGGAGGACUUGCUGUAUGAGGACACCCUAUACGACAAAAAUCGGGGUAAAACAAGCGGUGUGUACGCUACCCUUGCCGGUCGCCCGAGCGAAGCAAUCUCAGAUGGAAAAAGCGGUUCGAAAGGAAAAGGCAAAUCCGAAGCGUGCCCCUGCAACAAACCCCACAACGCAAACCCCCUGGAGUGCACCCGCGUGGAGUACGCCCUUACCGGGCGAAUCAAGCCUUCCCAGGACAAACUAUCGAGGGACGAGUGCAAGGAGAUUCGAAAGCGUAUCAAUCAGUCCGAGAACUAUGAUCUCCGAGCCGAAUUAGCUCGGAAAGGCUGGAUCUGGGCGACGGAACCUCCCAGCUUCCGAAACCCAGCGCCGCCUCGCAAUAGGUCGUCAGGAAAUACCGGCUCUAAAGCGAAAUCGCAGCAAGAGGAGAAUGAGUCAGAGGUGACACUGAAGAGAAAUAUCCACGCAGUAACGAUCAGCCGUGAACUUCUCCGGGAAAUUUCGGACGACUUCGACUCGGACUACGACCAACCAAGCGUAUUUGCAACCCUACUGACGGGACCCCAUGUUCUGUCACGAAGCACGGUUCUCGACAACUGCGGAGCUACGCACCUUGUUAACAACCUUGACUUGCUUGAAUCGUCUUCUAUUAAAACGUGCAUCGGCGACGAGAGAGUCGACUCAGGAACUGCUUCGUACCCAAUCCUAGCAAAGGGAACGUGGAUCUUGCCAAAAGCACUAAAUGGCCCUGAUGGAGACCUCACAGCAGACCUUACGCUCCAUAACGUUGGAUACGUAGAGAACUUUCACGUUAACAUCGUUUCGGAAGCACUCCUCCGAAAGACAGGCAUCUGGUACUCCGGAUUGGAUAACACACUUCGCCAGGGAACGUACAAAAACAGCGUGGUAGUCAAGCAUCUUGUUAGGAAGAUGAACAUUACUUUCUUCGAAUAUAAGACCGGUUCCCAGUAUAUUGCUCAGAAGCGAAUUACCUCGAGUAACGCAGGAAUCGUGAACCAUUUGGUGCUUGCAGUACAGGAUCCCGCUCGACUCUCGCUUCGUAAACCACCUGAUAGGGUCUCAUGGGAUCUCUUCGACUACCCGACAAGCUUUGACAAGAACCGCUGGCUCUUAGUGAUCAAAGACGAAUAUACCGGUCGUCUUUUCGCGUUUCCGCGCAUCUCGGAACCUCCGGCUACGGCGAACCCAGGACUCCAAUUCCUCGGACUCGCAAAACCAAGCGAACUCGUAUUUUCACUUGAAGAGCAGCCCCUGCCACCUGCCUUCGCGCCGUCGACCGUAAUCUCAGAAGAGACAACGGUAAAACGCUCCGCGGUUAACAGCCGACGCGAAGAGGGCCUGCUCACCCCGGAACCGACCCCUGAGCCGGCCGCAGCGCCGGAGGGGACGGACGGGCAAACGACCGGCCAACAAAGCUCCGAAGCGAUGGACGCCGGCGUUCCCGACCCGGGGCACGAAGCCCUCUCUGAGGCGGUCGAAGACGUGAUAUACGUCAAGACCAACAACGAACCUCCACGAGAACCGGCCGUGGAGGCCGACUCGAGUAAUGAUCUCGGGGGUGACUCCCCAACUCACCCGGUGCGGCCACACUCGGAUAAUGGGAACGGGCGCGAACCCGAGAUAAAGACCAAGCGGGUGUACAACCGCAAGGACUACGGCCAACAACAGGGCAAACCGAGACGAUCACCUCGCUUCGCCCAACACUUCGCAUUCCUACAAACGGAACAGCGGUCACUCCACAGCGAGUGA